AUGGGAAAUGACUAUUCUACACACAUGAUCGGCGGACGCCCUACUUAUCAUCCGCCGCACGCCCGCAGUGGUGGUGCCAAUGAGCGGAUCCCGAAGCCCCGUCCUAGCUAUGCUGCAACGCCGUCGAGCACGGAUGCACCGCCCUCCUAUGACGAUUUGUUUGGCGGUCCUCCUCAAUCGUUUGGCAGCCCCCCUGAACCGUUUGCCAGUCCCCCUGGAUCAGCCCGAUCUACGAAAUCAAAAUCAAAUGCUGAUUACUAUCAGUACCCUACACCGCCGCCGUCCACAGGGCAUUAUUCGGGCGCGUCAGCUUCCCCGCGUCCUUCAUGGCGUCAACCCGACCCCGUGCCCGCAUAUAACGCGCCGCACGGCUACGCAUCUGCUCCUCCGCGUUCCUUGGUGCACAACGCGCAAGAACAGGAAGACGAAGAGGAACUGCGCACCUGGUUCGCAGCCAUUGAUGAAUCCAAUGAUGGACAUAUCUCGGCACAGGAGCUGCGUCAAGCAUUGCUGAAUGAUAAUUUCACCCCGUUUCAUGAAGACACCGUCAAAAUGAUGCUGAAAAUGUUCGACAAAGAUAUGAACUCCCAGAUUGAGUUUUCGGAAUUCGCUGGACUAAAGCGCUACAUUUUGGAAUGGAAAAAAACAUUUGAUCAGCAUGACAGUGACCAUUCGGGAUCCAUUGACGUCGACGAGAUUGCUCAUGCUCUAAGCACAAUGGGAUACACGUUCUCGCAUAACUUCUGCAAAGUGCUAUGCAAACGCUUCAGCUCCAAGACAGGAGCACGCAUGGACCUUGACGCAUUCAUUUACGCAUGCGCAAUGAUUAACGCUCUCGCCAAGGAGUACCGGAAAAAAUUCCGAACGGAAUUCCUGGAAGAAUACGUUCUUAAAAAGCUGUGACAGUGGUCGGACUGUACAGAUACGAUACAACUUGAAUCUCAACCGGAACAGAUUAUAUGUCCAGCAAUUGUUCUAUUGUUGUGUAUGUCUUGCCAGAACGAUAUGACAGAAUCAUCCUGGUCCAGUGUCUUGUUGGUUUUUCGAAUGUUUGCAAAAUACUCCGCUCCUUUUUUAGGUCUGCAUCUGCAACAUUCUUUUGUACCCGUACAUUUUUAUGUCCCGUAGAUUUUCAAUUGUUGUAUUGUAUUUUUUCCGAUUUACUGUAAAUACGGAUGCCAAUAUGCUGUUUUCAAGGCCCGUUUUCUGCCACUGGCCGUCAGCAGACUUUCGGUCAUUUAAGGUAAUUAAAUUUCCAUACCCGGU